AUGCCUGAGCCACUAAGAUGCACAGGAAGCAUUAACACCCGUGAACUGCAAUCCUCACGUGCAAUGAUCUUCGCCAUCGAGGAGAUAAACAACAGCACGGAGCUGCUACCGGGAAUCAAACUCGGUUAUCAGAUCUACGACUCAUGCAGCUCAGUGCCCGUGGCAGUGCAUGUGGCAUUCCAGCUUUCAAAUGGCCUGGACCCGGUGUUUUACACCGGUGACAAUUGCUCAAAAUCUGGUAUGGUGAUGGCUGUCGUUGGUGAGUCUGGGUCUUCGCAAUCCAUCAGCAUCUCGCGCAUCACUGGGCCCUUUAACAUCCCUCAAGUUAGCCACUUUGCCACUUGUGCAUGUCUGUCCAAUAAGCAGCAGUACCCAAAUUUCUUCAGAACCGUCCCUAGUGAUCAGUUCCAGGCUGAAGCGCUGGCCAAGCUGGUAAAACACUUUGGCUGGACUUGGAUAGGUGCUGUCCGGUCAGAUUCGGACUAUGGCAAUAAUGGUAUGGCAUCUUUUCUGAACGCAGCAAACAAAGAGGGGAUCUGUGUGGAAUACUCUGAAUCUUUCUAUCGGACCCACCCACGUAGCAGGAUCCAGAGAGUAGCUGACGUUAUCCGCAGGUCGACAGCUAUGGUUGUUGUGGCAUUUACAUCCCCUGGAGACCUGAGGAUUCUGCUGGAGGAGCUGUCACUAAUGCCUUUUCCACCUCGCCAGUGGAUAGGCAGUGAAGCCUGGGUAACAGACCCAGACAUGCUGAGGUUCAGCUUCUGUGCUGGAGCCAUCGGAUUUGGCAUUCAGAAAUCUGUAAUACCAGGUCUGAGAGACUUCUUGCUGGAUCUCUCUCCUUCUAAAGUGGCUGCCUCUCCAGUGCUUACAGAGUUCUGGGAGGAUGCAUUCAGCUGCAGGCUGGAAAAAAGUACAGCCGCAGACAAGAGAUUAUGUGACGGAACUGAGGACAUAAAGACGCUCCAGAGCCCGUACACUGACACAUCUCAGCUCCGGAUCACUAACAUGGUAUACAAGGCUGUUUAUGCAAUAGCUCAUGCCAUUCAUAAAACAGUGUGUCAGAAAACACAUUCUACAACAGAGUGUGACAAAUUCACCAGGAUAGAGUCCAAAGAGGUUCUUACUCAGCUGAAGGAAGUACAUUUUUCCCAAAAUGGUUAUGAUGUGUCAUUUGAUGACAAUGGGGAUCCUGUGGCCAGAUACGAACUGGUUAACUGGCAAAAAAGUGAGAGUGGCAGUAUUAAGUUGGUGACAGUAGGGCACUACGAUGCAUCACUGCCGGUGGGCCAGAAGUUCUGUAUCAACAGGAACCUCACUUGGAUGGACGGUGGGACACAAGUUCCUGUGUCAGUGUGCACUGACAGCUGUCAUUCAGGAACUCGUAAAGUACUGCAGAAAGGAAAACCCAUCUGCUGUUACGAUUGUAUACCGUGUCCUGAAGGAGAGAUUAGCAAUGCUACAGAUUCCUCUGAUUGUUUCCCUUGCCCCAAGGAGUUUUGGCCUAAUGCAGAGAGAGACACUUGUCUCCCCAAGCCUGUAGAGUUUCUUUCCUACAACGAGGUCCUAGGAAUCAUCCUGGCUACAUUCUCAGUUGGUGGCGCCUGUCUGGCCAUUAUAACAGCGGCUGUGUUUUAUCAUAACAGGACAUCCCCGAUUGUCAGGGCCAACAACUCUGAGCUGAGCUUCCUGCUGCUCUUCUCCCUGACUCUAUGUUUCUUAUGCUCAUUAACUUUCAUUGGAGCACCCUCUGAGUGGUCCUGCAUGCUGCGCCACACAGCGUUUGGAAUCACCUUUGUCCUCUGUAUGUCUUGUGUUCUUGGAAAAACAAUAGUAGUGUUAAUGGCCUUCAAAGCUACACUCCCAGGUAGUAAUGUGAUGAAAUGGUUUGGUCCUCCACAGCAAAGAAUGACUGUAGUUUCUUUUACGCUUAUUCAAGUUUUAAUAUGUACUAUUUGGUUGGUUCUUAGUCCCCCUUUUCCAAUGAAAAACUUAACCAUAUACAAGGAGAGAAUCAUCCUGGAGUGUGCAUUAGGCUCAGCUAUUGGGUUCUGGGCUGUGCUCGGGUACAUAGGCCUACUGGCUGUCUUUUGCUUUGUGUUAGCUGUCCUAGCUCGGAAAUUACCUAAUAAUUUUAAUGAAGCCAAGCUCAUCACUUUCAGCAUGCUGAUAUUCUGUGCAGUCUGGAUCACCUUUAUCCCUGCAUAUGUCAGCUCUCCCGGGAAAUUUACUGUGGCUGUGGAGAUAUUUGCCAUUCUGGCCUCCAGUUUUGGACUAAUACUGUGUAUAUUUGCUCCAAAGUGUUUCAUCAUAUUGUUUAAGCCAGAGAAGAACACCAAGAAACAUUUAAUGAACAAAACUCUUGCCUUGAAUGGUUCUGAGGAUGAUGUUAAACAAAGGGCUGGGCUUACAGAGGAUAGGACUGGUGCUGGAGUCAGCACUCAGACUUCAUCUGUGAAAUGUAAGCUCCAGGGUACCACUCGUCUCCCUGUGUUCUCAAUGGAUGGUGACUACGUUAUUGGGGGUGUUUUGUCCAUACACCACUACAUGCCCACAGUGAAGCAUGACUACGCCACCAUGCCUGAGCCACUAAGAUGUACAGGAAGCAUUAACACCCGUGAACUGCGCUUCUCACGCGCAAUGAUCUUCGCCAUCGAGGAGAUAAACAAUAGCACGGAGCUGCUGCCAGGAAUCAAACUCGGUUAUCACAUCUAUGAUGCGUGCGGCUCGGUGCCCGUGGCGGUGCAUGUGGCAUUCCAGCUUUCAAAUGGCCUGGACCCAGUGUUUUACACCGGCGACAAUUGCUCAAAAUCUGGUAUGAUGAUGGCUGUCGUUGGUGAGUCUGAGUCCACGUCAUCCAUCAGCAUCUCGCGCAUCAUCGGGCCCUUUAACAUUCCUCAAGUGAGCUACUUUGCCGUUUGUGCAUGUCUGUCCGAUAAGCAGCAGUACCCAAAUUUCUUCAGAACAAUUCCUAGUGAUCAGUUCCGGGCUGACGCGCUGGCAAAGCUGGUAAAACACUUUGGCUGGACUUGGAUAGGUGCAGUCCGGUCAGAUUCGGAUUAUGGCAAUAGUGGUAUGGCGUCUUUUCUGGACGCAGCACGCAAAGAGGGGAUCUGUGUGGAAUACUCUGAAUCUUUCUAUCGGACCCACCCACGUAGCAGGAUCCAGAAAGUAGCUGACGUUAUCCGCAGGUCGACAGCUAUGGUUGUUGUGGCAUUUACAUCCCCUGUAGACCUGAGGUUCCUGCUGGAAGAGCUGUCACUUGAGCCUUCUCCACCUCGCCAGUGGAUAGGCAGUGAAUGGGUAAGCCCAGACCUGCUGAAGUUCAGCUUCUGUGCUGGAACCAUCGGAUUUGGCAUUCAGAAAUCUGUCAUCCCAGGUUUGAGAGACUUCUUGCUGGAUCUCUCUCCUUCUAAAGUGGCUGCCUCUCCAGUGCUUACUGAGUUCUGGGAGGAUGCAUUCAACUGCAGGCUGGGAAAAAGUGAGACAGGUGCAGCCAUAGACAAGAGAUUAUGUGACGGAACUGAAGACAUAAAGACGCUCCAGAGCCCGUACACUGACACAUCUCAGCUCCGGAUCACUAACAUGGUAUACAAGGCUGUUUAUGCAAUAGCUCAUGCCAUUCAUAAAGCAGUGUGUCAGAAAACAAAUUCUACAACUCAGUGUGACAAAUUCACCAGGAUAGAAUCCAAAGAGGUUCUAACUCAGCUGAGGAAAGUAAAUUUUUCCCAAAAUGGUUAUGAAGUGUCAUUUGAUGCCAACGGUAAUCCUGUGGCCCGAUACGAACUGGUUAACUGGCAAAAAAGUGAGAGUGGCAGCAUUAAGUUGGUGACAGUAGGACACUACGAUGAAUCACUGCCGGUGGGCCAGAAGUUCAAAAUUAACAGAAACCUCACCUGGGUGGAUGGUGGCACACAAGUUCCUGUGUCAGUGUGCACUGACAGCUGUCCUCCAGGAACCCGUAAAUUGCUGCAGAAAGGAAAACCCAUCUGCUGUUAUGAUUGUAUACUGUGUCCUGAGGGAGAGAUUAGUAAUGCUACAGAUUCCCCUGAUUGUUUCCCUUGCCCCAAGGAGUUCUGGCCUAAUGCAGAGAGAGACACUUGUCUCCCCAAGCCUUUAGAGUUUCUUUCCUACAACGAGGUCCUAGGAAUCAUCCUGGCUACAUUCUCAGUUGGUGGUGCCUGUCUGGCCAUUAUAACAGCGGCUGUGUUCUAUCGUCACAGGACAUCCCCGAUUGUCAGGGCCAACAACUCUGAGCUGAGCUUCCUGCUGCUCUUCUCCCUGACUCUAUGUUUCUUAUGUUCAUUAACUUUCAUUGGAGCACCCUCUGAGUGGUCCUGCAUGCUGCGCCACACAGCGUUUGGAAUCACCUUCGUCCUCUGUAUGUCUUGUGUUCUUGGAAAAACAAUAGUAGUGUUAAUGGCCUUCAAAGCUACACUCCCAGGUAGUAAUGUGAUGAAAUGGUUUGGUCCUCCACAGCAAAGAAUGACUGUAGUGUCUUUCACGUUUAUUCAAGUUUUAAUAUGUACUAUUUGGUUAGUUCUUAGUCCCCCUUUUCCAAUGAAAAAUCUAACCAUAUACAAGGAGAGAAUCAUCCUGGAGUGUGCAUUAGGGUCAGCUAUUGGGUUCUGGGCUGUGCUCGGGUACAUAGGCCUACUGGCUGUCUUUUGCUUUGUGUUAGCUGUCCUAGCUCGGAAAUUACCUGAUAAUUUUAAUGAGGCCAAGCUCAUCACCUUCAGCAUGCUGAUAUUCUGUGCAGUCUGGAUCACCUUUAUCCCUGCAUAUCUCAGCUCUCCUGGGAAAUUUACUGUGGCUGUGGAGAUAUUUGCCAUUCUGGCCUCCAGUUUUGGACUAAUACUGUGUAUAUUUGCGCCAAAGUGUUUCAUCAUAUUGUUUAAGCCCGAGAAGAACACCAAGAAACAUUUAAUGAACAAAAAUGAAUCCUAA